UUUAACUGCAUAUAAACGGCGACCAAGAAACUGUUAUUACACAAAACCCUAAAAACCAGAGUUUUUAAAGAAACUCCCCAAAGCCAGACCCCAUUUUCCAUUAUCAGAGAAGAGUUACGGAUCGAUUAUUCGCCGCCCCCUUCUCCGUCACCGGAAAAAUGGACGAAGCCCAAGCGGAGCCGUCACUGAUAAAGCAGCUAGCUUCCUGCGAUAACAAAACCCGUAAUAAAGCCCUUGGCCUCCUGUUAAAGAGCUGGCUUCCUUCUCAAUCGCAAAUCCCCGACGAGGAUAUGAAAAAGCUAUGGAAAGGGCUUUUCUACUGCGUAUGGCAUUCCGAUAAGGCGGGCCCCCAGGCCCAUCUUAUCCAUCGUCUUUCUUCUUUGCUUCCUCAGCUUGAUCUCCGUGUAUCAAUCCAGUACUUUUCAGUGUUUUUACUUACUAUGCGUCGCGAGUGGACAGGCAUAGAUAGGCUAAGGUUAGAUAAGUUUUAUCUUUUGAUUCGUAAGUUUCUGCACUUCUUUUUCAAUAUUAUGAAGAGAAAUUCGUGGGAUUCGGAGCUUUCUACUCGUUUGAUGGAUGUAUUGGUACAACAUACUUUUUUGGCUGAUGAUAAAUUGUUGGGCAACGGUGUCAAUUAUCAUAUCGCUUCUGUUUUUCUUGAGGAACUUAAACCUUUUCUUCCUUUGAGUAAGCCAAUGAUUCAUGUUCUUUUGGGACCUUUUCUUACAGUCAUGGGAAAAGUGUCUGAUAAGAUUUUGUUGGAUAAGAUUAAGAGUAAUGUGUUUAAUUCGUUGCUGGAAAUGGGAAAUAAGCUGUUAGAACUCAAGAAAUCGAAGGAUGAUGUUAAUUUUGUGGAUGAUGAAAUGGUUUUAGGUUCAAUAGCGUUGGUGUUCGGAUUUUCUGCCAAAUUUUAUGAAUUGGGCUCGGCAGUAGAAUGUCCUCAAGGGAAUAGGAAACUUCUUUUUCGUUUGCAUGAAUUGUUUUUGAAGUUGGAGAAGGAUUUUGCAUCUUCAGGGAUUGAUAUCUCUUUACCUGAGGUUAAUCAAGACAAUGAUGAAGAUGAGGUGCCAAAAUUGGUUCCUAUCACCACUGAAAUGGACGUGGAAGUGGACGGUAUGAAUACUGAUGUUGCAAAAUUGUCUAGUAGCAACCGCUUGAGAAAGUGCAAAAAGUCUAAAAAGGCCUCAGGUAGUAGUGGAAAAAAGGCUAAGAAGCAUAAUGGUGGCAGUUUUAAUUGUGACACUGAAGAAGAAGAUAAUUUGGUUAUAACAAAUAAUGGCAAUGCAAAUGAAGAAAGCAACCAUGAUGCUAAUUUAAUAACAUUUAAUGAAUCUGUGAUAUCAAACCUCCAGAUGCAGUUUGAGAAAGUUGCUGAUGAAAUGGGCUUGGAUAAUAAAGUCCGAAGUGGUUGUGAUGUUCCUGAAGUCACUGGAAAAAGUACUAUAUCCAAGAAACGGAAGAGAGCAAAAAGUAAGGAUAGACAGCAAUCAGAAAAUCCAGGGUCAACUGGUGAAGAAAAUGCUGAAGGCGGUGCAACAGCCAAGAGUACUGAGAAGAGUGCAAAGAAAGUAAGGUUUUCCAUGAAAAACAACUUAGUAUGGAAGCCUCACAGUCCUUUACCUCCGCAAAGCUUGAGAAUACCUCCAUCUGUGACUCCUCGAGGAAGUGCACUUAAGAAAGGGAUACCUCCAGGUCCCAUUAGGGAGAUGCCUGCUGCAAAAAAGGCGAAACAGAAAGCAAAAUCUAUGAAGAAGAACCGGAAGGGAAUAAGUAUCAUUGGCCCUUCCAUUAAACGCCUCAGGAAAUUAAAGUCUGUUUCCACAUAGAUAGUGGUUAUCAUGAAAUCUCUUGCUUUUAAUCUUCUCAUGCUCCCCUUCUUUUGGUAACUGGUCUCAAGUUUGAAAAUUGAUUUGAUAUUUAAUUUCUUUGUUGAGUGAAGAACAAUGGAUGCUAAUGAUUCAAUGACUUAUCUCCUAAUAGUUUUGAUCGACAUCCUGCAAUUGUUUAAUGUUGGGAAUUUUUUAAUUCCUUGAAUUAUUUAAUAACCUCCACUCUUAUUUUUGGAUCCCCCUCCCCCCUCCCUUUUCUCGCUUUCUGGGAUAGGACACAAAGGUUGAUGUCAAAAUCAUAUACUUGCUGAUAAAUGCUUUCUUUUUAUCUUAACUGAGCUUCUUUGUUGGAAUGAAGCUUUGAUGCUGCGGCAUUUAAAUUAUAUAUUGGAUGAUUUAAAGGGAUGCUGUUUGUGUAUUUAUGAGUCAUUGUGUAUUCCACGUGGAUACUGAUUAUAAUGGAGGAUGCAUUGUCAAUCAUAUUGAGAUUCCCUAAUGAAGGCUUAACUUAUAAAAAUGAUAGUGAGAGUUACAAGGGUACUAUGCAUUUCCGAGGCAAUUUGACUGCCUCUUUUCUAGAUUUGGUUGCGUAGAAAACCUUAGGUAUGAUUGUGUUCGUUGGUCUCACUUUGUCCUGCUUUCUUUUUGCAUUUUUUCUUGUCUGCAUAUACUUAUCUGAAUUCUUGAAUGUUAGAACUAACAUACAGACUUCUUAUCAUUGAAAAUUUCAUGUGGAUUUGUCAGUCUAAGCAGGAGACAAUAUAUUUUGAUAUUAUUGAUUAUGUUUUGAUUUAACAAUAUGCAGGCAUACAUAUCAUUUAUGAUCAACCUGAACCUGAUUUAUAAGCCCUAUUAUCAGUAUGUGUUGAGACCUCACACCAAAAAUAUCAAUAAGUGAAUGCCAAACUAUUAAGGAUUGUGCAACUAUGUCCUGUUCGUCCUGUUCUUCUUAUAAAUUUUAACCAGGAAUGGUUAGAUAUUGUAAUGUACUUGGAUAUGUGAACUUGUGAGUGUGAAUUAGUAUACCCUCCACAUAUUUCCAGAUCAUUUUACAGAGGAAUUUCCGGUAAGAUCCUUGGGUGGAUGUCAAAUUUUAUUGUGCCAAUACCUUGGCAUCUGAAGUAGGAUUUCUAAUAGCUGAUUUAUUGUUUUUUGAUAUGGGCUAUGUGAACGUCUUAAUCAUUGUACCUUGGAACCAAAACCCCCCUGUUGGUCUAGUUUCUCGUCUUUUGUCUCUCUAAAUAUGCAUUUGUAGCAAACCGGACGAGAUCAACUAUUGCAAGACCUUAAAUAUGUCCUCUCCUAGCACUGUUUCAGCCUCUGGUCUUGCACCUUUUAAACUUGAAGGGUGGGGAGAGAAAGCGUCUGGUGGUCAUUCUGAUGUGUGCUGUCUGACACAGGAGAUAUCAAAUUUACGGGAUAAUUGUAAUAGGAUAGGAGAUGAUGUUUCUCCCUAUGCUGUGAGGUUGGACCCACGAUAUCAGGUUUUAGGCAUUGGUAUUACUCAUGCCCUAAAUGCUUAUGCACUGAUCUGGAAGUUCACUGAGAAUGUUUGCUACAGAACUGAAGGGAAAGGAGGGAACUCUCAACCAGCAGUUGGAUGAGAUGGUUAAUUACUUUUCCUUAAACAUGACGUUUUGAAUAGCGAUGACUGAGAUUGCUUGCUACCAGAGGCUCACAGCAACCAAAGUAAUGAAUAAUACUUCCAAAAGUGUUUUGAUGGCUUACAGUUUCUGUAGGAAAAAAUGGAGUUAACUGAUUGGGAGGAAAUGCGAAUUUCAAACGUCUUUGUUUUAAUUUCUCUUUUGUGGCAAGAAUUGCACCAUUUCAGAUUAAUAGGUUUAAUUGCCAUUUGAAGAAGCGUUCACUUGUAAAGGUCAAAUUGAUCCUUGGGGUUUUCUAAAAGGUCUAAUUUGUUUCAUAAUAUACUAUGUGGCUUCUGCCCCGAUUUGGAACAUGACUAUUUUGGUUCAGUUUAA